UUUCACAACUUCUCAACUUUUAUGAAACAAUCCGGGACUGUUCAACAAUUUUCAAAUUUAUUACAGAAAAACGCAUUUGAAAUAUAAUCCAGCUAACCUUAAAAUCAUCCGAUAUCAUUUUAAUAACAGUCUCAUAUUAUUUUUUAUAGAAUGUCCAAUUAUUUACACCGCAAUACAAUCAGAUUAGUUCGAAAUUUGAGAUAUGCCUCACGAUUAUCCAAGUUGACUUCACAUUUGAAAUUCGAAGAGAAUAUUCCUUUUAAAAUACCUCUGUCGCAUAAUUUCAAUACAAGAAGCAAUAUAUUCAUACAAAAUAGAGAUAACUCUUCAUUAAGUGAUAGUCUAUAUGAAAAAGUAUGUCAAGAGACACUGCAAUCUCUCACAGAAUUUUUUGAAGAAUUACAAGAGGAACAACCUGAAUUAGUAAAUGGAGAUAUUUCGUAUAACGAUGGAGUUUUAACAAUAAAUUUAGGACAGUUUGGUAUCUAUGUUAUAAAUAGACAACUUCCAAAUAAACAAAUAUGGUUGAGUUCUCCAGUUUCAGGUCCCAAACGAUAUGAUUACGAGAAUGGUGGAUGGAUUUAUAAACACAAUAAUGAAACUUUACAUACUCUUCUGAAAGAAGAAUUAUCGAAACUACUCAAUAAGCCAAUUGAUUUAUCUCAAUGUACACACUACAGAAGUUGAAUAUGUAGUUGAUCUAAUUAAGGAUUUUGAAAAAAUACAAGUGAUACUAAAAUAA